GACAUUGCUUCUCAAAUAGAUAUAUCACUUGUUCUUGCAUUUGAUGAGGAAGAGAGUGGGCCAGUUCCUUGGGCUCCUGCUGGUUCUAAAUUCACACGGAAUCCAGCACCACCACAGGGGGUUGAAAUUGUUUACAACUAUGGGAAAGAGGAAAGUGACUGAAGUAAUUGGUCCUUAUCUAUGUGAAUAAAUCUUAUCAAAUGUGGUCCUGAUUUUGGAUUAGACAGUGCUACGAACCUUCCUUUUUCUUUCUUACCCUUUGAAGUUAAGCCAUGCUUUGGAGUUUAUUUCUGGGCAAGGUAUGCUUCUUAGGUUUAUGUCCUUUGAAUUUCUGUUAAUUUGGGGUUGGAGAUAUCCUGUCAAACCUGUAGAGCAUUCAAAUGCAUAUUUAACAGACGCCCAGCUAAUAUGGCCUUAUCACUAUCUCCUUUAGAUGUGUUUGAGGACAUAAAGUCUUCUUUACAUUCUUAAAUGGCUUGAAAUAUGAUGAACAACAUUGUUGUUAUUAUGGGUC